UCAAAGCCGGCGAAAAAUCAUAGAGCCAAGGACACUCGCGUGUUGGAAGAGUGCUGCGAGAGCCUAUCUAGGAACAAGAGAAACCCCAUAGAGCCUGGAAUGUGGGAGUUUCAUGUGCGCACCGUUGGCAGAAUUCAGAGUCGUCUGCUGAGGAGGAUCUCGACACCGACAACCAUCAUUGAAUCAGUGAAGCACAUAUGCAGAAAAGAAAGAAAAAUUGUGCUAGCCAGGAAACAAUGUUCUGAGGAGGAAAGUGCGGACAGAUUUCAAGCACCUGACCCUGGAGGUGAACAAACUGUGAAAAUGGUUCUUGAGCCUAAAGAAAGCAUGAAGCAAAGGAUAAUGGAGAAGACAUGCAAGAGUGGAAGAUGCAAAAGCAUGAUCUUCUGGCUAUUCCGCAAGCUCCAGGACAUUUUCCACGGUCAAGAAGGCAAAGACCCUCUGCUUAAUAUUAAAAUGAAUAAGCAGUCUUUAGGCACCAUAAGAAAGAAAGAAAGAAAGAAAGAAAGAAAGAAAGAAAGAAAGAAAGAAAGAAAGAAAGAAAGAAAGAAAGAAAGAAAGAAAGAAAGAAAGAAAGAAAGAAAGAAAGAAAGAAAGAAAGAAAGAAAGUUAAUACUUCCAUGCCAUUCAUAACUGGCUUUACCUCAGUUGCUUCUUUCUUUAAAAUGUUUCUGACUCAACCCUUUGGGUUUGUUAGGUAAUUCACAUAAAAAUUAAAAAUGGUAAUGUAAAGUU